GCAGGGAUGUGCUGCUCGUGAGCCCGUAUCGCACUUGUGCCUCUGGCCAAAGCAAACAUGGACCCCUCCACAGAUGGCGCAAACACCAUUGCUGGGCCCAUCUCCGCUACGACCUUGUUUUUGUUUACUGCUGGCCCCUGACAAAACGACCAGCUGUGAGGCAGGGUGUGGAGAGAGGCUUGCCUGUAAUCGUGGAUUACGUGCAGUUCUCCAACGGCGCUCUUGGCAGCUAUUCGGAAUUCACGCCCCAUUCGUCUGCCGCCCGCCUCAGCCAGAUGCAAGCGCAUUAAAGGCUGCUGCUGCCUGGCGCCCUGCCACGCGGCAGUCUCUUUCUCUUUCUCUCUCCUCCUCCUUGCCAUUACCUCAUCGCUGCCUCAUCUCCCAUUCCCCUGCCGCAUAUACCGAGGCUUUGCUUUCCAAGCUGGACUGCAUCUGCUUCGCUUGUGCUGUGCUUUGUGUGUGUGUUUGUUUUUGAGCUAUUUUUAUUUUGGUGGCCUCUCUGAAGCGCUCAGAUCCUGGAUAUGAUUGCUUUUUCUAGGAUGUGGUGGUGGGGACUGGCGGGACCGCUUCCUAAUUUGUUUUGCGAAAAAAGGUUCAAUUUAUUUGUUUUUGGCCGAGAACGGGGUUUCUG